AUGGCAGAACCUCUCCCAGAGUUCCAGCUGGAACCGGAGGAUGGGUUCAUCGUGAAGAACCGUCCGGUGCAGCUCCGCUGUAGGGCCGCCCCCGCUACGCAGAUAUACUUCAAAUGUAACGGAGAGUGGGUCAACCAGAACGAUCAUGUGACCAGAGAGAGCCUCGAUCAGAUCACAGGCCUGGUGAUGAGGGAGGUGGAUAUCUCCGUGUCCAGGACCCAGGUGGAGGAGCUGUUUGGUCUGGAGGACUACUGGUGUCAGUGUGUGGCCUGGAGCUCUGCAGGAACCACCAAGAGUAGCCACGCAUACGUCCACAUCUCAUACCUGCGAAAGAACUUUGAUCAGGAGCCGCUGGGUCGAGAGGUGAGAUUGGAGCAGGAGGUGUUGCUGCAGUGUGGACCCCCUGAGGGCAUGCCCCCAGCUGAG